AUGCCGUUUGCACUCGCAGAGUUGGCGAGUCCGCUCGUCGGCGACAUCACAACACCGUACGGAGUUUAUCACCAGGGGAGCGUUCCUAAUGCGGCCCUUCCGGCGCGCCGCUCGGUGGCCACACGUCGCCGUCGCGCCGGACCCGCGCCGCGCCCGCAGACAGCCCUAGCAGCCGGCAUCGGCAUCGCCUAUCAAAUAUAUUACGGUCGCCCUGAUAACGUGCAAUUUGCGAAGAAGCCUUCUGAACUGUUUAUUGUAAACUUUAAUAGAAUCCAGCAGUCGGGAGUCGUAGGAAUUGAUAAUCCGCUUAAUUUUGACAUGUCGCAGUACAAGGGAAGAAAGGCGCGCGGCCGCCGCCUCCACGGCUCCAUCACUGCACGGUCCGUCACGGAGAUCCAGGUCAAACAUAAUGCGCAUAAACCCCGCGUCCAAAUCAAUUACACGAGUCCCAAAAGCACGGCGCUUAGCCCCGGCUCUGCCCGUGUCCAUCUUGACUGCGUCGUGGCCCUGCUCUCUUAUGAUAACGUCCCCCUUAUGAAACCAGACAGUCCGGUACACGGAACACUGAUUGCGCACUAUCUGGAAGGACGCAUAGCAAAUGUGGCAUCGAAGGCAGCUCAUAGUACAGAGGAAGGCACCAAUCUGCGCACUGCCUCACGAUGCGCGGCGACAUUAGUGCGCGUCAGCAAAAACGGCCCAUCGUGUCGGUGCAACUCUCGCGCGGCGAAUCGGCCCAACGGCGACGCAGCGCUGAUGUGGCAAAAAGCCCGGCACCCUUCCUUGGCGCGUAAUGAAGCAAUUUCUUCGGAGAGAUCGCGAGGCGGCGACUUCAUUCCGCCAGCCGCUGUAACGAGCGGGCGUGCGACGUGCGGGGGCGAGCGAAUUAAAGCGUUGUCACGUAGUGGCGAUUUACAGCCGACGCUGCCG